GCCAUGUAAUAUAUAUCCUAAUAAAAUGUUUUGUGCUGCCUUUUUUGCAUCUGAAGUUUGUGUGCGUAACUGAAGCUACCAUUUUAGAGGAUGAUUCUCAUUGCUGUAUUUCUUGUUGCUACAGUCAUACACGAAGGUUAUGGUAAAGGCUAUGUCGAAAUAAAUCUUAAAAGCCUCAGUAACCCAAAACAUUUCGACAACGGAAAAGAAUGUUGUGAUACAUGGCCUUGGAAAACAUGCCGCGGAGAGUGUGAUACCAAACUCUACUUAUGUGUUACUGAUUUUAACCAACCGUCUUCACGUAUUUCGUGUAAUGUUGGAAAACUAGAGAGCAAAACCUUCAGUGGGCAGAGUAGUAUUGUAUUCAAGAAUGGUGAUGAUUUGGGGAAGGGUGUGACCAAUCCAAUGAUCUUUUCAUUUCAGAAAUGGCAGAGAUUUUUAGAAGUGAUGUUUACGACAUAUGACGUUGACACUUGGCCAAAUCCCGACGAUUUAAUUGACAUUCUUUCCGUCAUUGUUCCCGUGCAAGCGUCUGCAAACUCCACAAGUGCUAACGUAAUUUCGAAAGAAAUUAAAGGUCGAGUUAGCAGUGUAAAAUUUGACGUGAAAGUUUAUUGUGACGAUAAAUAUAAAGGCAAACAUUGCGAUGUGUUGAAAAAGAAUUAGAAUAGAUAAAAAUAUUGUAUGUAUUAAUAUGUGUCAAUAUAAAAGUCUGAUUACACGCGUGUAUCCUAGCCUUUGCGCUUUUCAAUAGUCCGAUAAUAUAUUAUCGAACUGUCAAAGUAUUGCACAACAUCAAAUUAAAAUGAAUAAAUCAAA